AUGGCCAGCCUUCGAAAAACCCACCCCCUAUUAAAAAUUGCCAAUGACGCCUUAGUUGACUUGCCCGCUCCCUCCAACAUCUCCGUGUGGUGGAAUUUUGGCUCUCUCCUAGGCCUUUGCUUGGCCUCCCAAAUUCUCACGGGCCUCUUCCUAGCCAUACACUACACGUCGGACAUUGCUACCGCCUUUUCCUCCGUAGCCCACAUCUGCCGGGACGUCAACUACGGUUGGCUAAUCCGGAAUAUGCACGCUAACGGGGCAUCUUUCUUCUUCAUCUGUAUCUACAUGCACAUCGCGCGAGGACUUUACUACGGAUCCUAUCUUUACAAAGAAACCUGAAAUAUUGGCGUGGUACUCCUGCUCCUAGUUAUGAUGACCGCCUUCGUGGGCUAUGUGCUUCCAUGGGGCCAAAUAUCAUUCUGAGGAGCUACAGUGAUUACCAACCUCUUAUCCGCAGUUCCCUACGUAGGAAACACAUUAGUGCAAUGGAUUUGAGGCGGCUUCUCAGUUGACAAUGCCACCCUAACUCGAUUCUUUGCCUUCCACUUUCUAUUUCCAUUUGUAAUUGCGGCCGCAACAGUAGUCCAUCUGCUCUUCCUCCAUGAAACCGGUUCCAACAACCCCCUGGGCUUAAACUCCGAUGCUGACAAAAUCUCUUUCCACCCCUACUUCUCAUAUAAAGAUCUUUUAGGUUUUGCAGCACUUUUAAUCGGAUUAACCUCCUUAGCCCUAUUUACGCCCAACCUAUUAGGGGACCCAGAUAAUUUUACGCCCGCAAACCCCCUAGUCACACCCCCCACAUUAAGCCCGAAU